AUGGCCGCGGCGGGGGCGGUGGUGGCGGCGGCGGGGCCGGUGCGCGGCGGGGCGGGGCGGGGCGCGGCGCGCCAAGUGGCAGCGCCGUUCAGCCAAUCAGGAGCCGCUCUCCCGGCGGCCGCGUUCCAUCCCGCCACGGCGGAACCAAUAGGAAAAAGCGGCGGGGCAGGGAGGGGGCGUGGCCACCGCCGACACCGGGCCGCGCGCCGGAGCGCUCCCCCCCGCCCCGCGCCGGGCCCGGCCCCGCGGCCGCCGCCGCCCCGCAUGGAGCCCGCGCCGCCGCCCGCCGCCUGCGCACUGCUGCUGCCGCCGCCCGCCGCCCGCCGUCGCCGCGCCCGCCGCCGCCUCCCGCCCGAGAACGACGGGGCCCCGCAGGCAUUGCCCGGGGCGCGGGGCUGGCUGCGACGCCUGGGGGAACCGCUGGGACUGCAGCCCCCCGAGCAGGAGGCGGUGCUGAGGGUGUUGGACGCGGGCUUGGAGCGGUGCCUGGCGCUGCACGCAGCCUGCAUCCCCCUGCCAGGGCACAGGAAGCUCCCAGGCAAGGCAGGCAUCGAUGAGGUGAUGGCAGCCGCAGUGCUCACCAGCCUUUCCAGCAGCCCACUGGGGCUCGGCCACCCCCCAGCACCUCCUGGCCCAGCAGAGCUUGGCAGUGAGAUCUGGAAGGAGACACCAGCCAUGUCCUUCAGCUGCAGCAGCAGCAGCAACACCAGCGGGGAAUGGAGCUGGGACCCCCCCAGCGACCGCUCCACCCCCUCCACCCCCUCACCCCCACUCUCCAGCCAUGACCCCAGUGCCUUCUUGCCACCAGAUGAUGGCCCCGAAGAACCUGACAGCACCCACUUCAUGUUUGGAGAGCCCAUCCCGCGGAAGAGGAAGAACUCCACCAAGGUGAUGUUCAAGUGCUUGUGGAAGAGCUGCGGCAAGGUCCUCAGCAGCUCCUCAGGGAUGCAGAAGCACAUCCGAACCGCGCACCUGGGCCGCCAAGCCGACCUGGAGCAGAGCGACGGCGAGGAGGACUUCUACUACACGGAGCUGGACGUGGACGUGGACUCGCUGACGGAUGGACUCUCCAGCCUGACGCCCGUCUCACCCACCUCCUCUGUGCCGCCCGCCUUCCCCGGCCCCGAGCUGCCGCCCUUCCCCAGCCCUGAGCCUCCUCUGGGCUCCCCCCGCAGCCCCCCGCCACCCCCGGGCCUCUGCCACGUCCACACUGACCACGCGUACCAGGGCUGCCCCUCAGGGCCCACAGCUGGGGAGAAGCGGCCCCCAGGGCUACCUUUACCCGGGUUGAGGACGCCGGCGCUGCCCACCCCGACGCUGCCGAAGCCACCCACCAUCCCCAGGAAGCCACGGGGGGAGGCCAAGAAGUGCCGCAAGGUGUACGGCAUGGAGAACCGGGAGCUGUGGUGCACGGCGUGCCGCUGGAAGAAGGCCUGUCAGCGCUUCCUCGACUGAGCCCCGCCGCCGCCGCCGUGCCCCCCCAGCUCUCCUUCUUGCACAUUUUGCACUUGAGGUGCCUUCGCGCCCCCCAGCCCGCCCCACACACACACACACACACACACACACACGCUCCCCCCCGGGGCUGGACUCAGGGAACAGCCCCCACGCUGUUGGGGGGAGGACUGUAGGGUUUGGGGGGGCCACGCACAGUUGGGCCUGGCCCUGCCUUCCCCCCCACCCCGAGCUUUAUGCACACAGCCCCCCCACGCCAACACAGAGCUUCCCCCCCUUUCUUUAUCCUCGGAAAAUAAGCUAACCCUCCCCGUGCCCCCCACCCCUUGCCUGCAGCCCAUAUCCCUGCUGGGGGGGGGGGGGGCCGUGUGCUGCUGGGAUGAGCUGUGCCUUUGGGCUUGGGGGGGUGGAGGGGAGGGAGAAGGGUGGGUUCUGCUCCCUGUCCUCGCCUUAACCGGGGGCUGUUGGGCACAACUGGGUGCCCCCCCUGCACCCCGCGGGGGUUUUUACUCUUUGUAGCGUGUUUUUCUCUCUAUGUUUUGUACCUGGGGAGCAGCAGCUCCUGCUGGGGGCCGCGCUCCGGGAAGUGCCUGCAGAACGCGCCCAUUUGCACUAAGCCAAACUGCACAAAGACCUUUUCUGUUUUGUUUUUGUUUAUUUUUUUUGUGUUGUUUUUUUCCCCCCCCCCCCUUUUUUUUUUCCCCCCCUCUCCUUUGUGUGUUUUUAUUUUUUAAAUGAAAUAUAUGAAAAUUCCUAUUUUUUAAAUACUUUCCCCCCCUUUCCCCCCUCCUUACCCAAACCCUUUCCGGGCUGCAAUGCCUCCAGCCCAGGGAACUUCAGGGGCUUUUUGGCCUUCGCCCCUUUCCUGUCCCCUCCCAGUCCCUGUGUCCCCUCCCCAGGCGCAGUCCCUCUCCCCUCUGCCUGGUGUUUUGGGGUCCCUGCAUUGGGUGCCCCUGGAAUGGGGUCGGGGAGGUGCUGGGAUGGGUCGGAUCCAUGAGAAAAAAAUAAAAGAUUUGGAUUCUUUUUGUUUUUUAAAGGAUGACGCUGAGCUGUGUGAUGUGGGGGAU